GCGCCCGAAGCUGACCAAAUACGAAGAAUUAACAGCAGCUGUAGAAGAAGAAACUAGACGUGAUUGCAAAAAGUCCAGAGAGUUCCGAACAGUCAACAUGGACACCAAGCAAAGAACUCAGAGACUCUCAGGUGGACAUGUACACAGAUAAGCCUCAAGUGAACGAGGAAUUGCGGCAGUGACUUCCUUCACCCGGCCAGCGUCCGCUGAAUCCUGUCCUCGGUGCAGAACCAUCUGACAAGCUUGUGGUCCUCCAGCUUCCUCUGGAGGCUCCUGCUACUAGCGCCACCCUUCCUACCCACGAUAGGACAUCUGGCUUGGUGUCCUCCAGAAUGUCGGCAGUCAUGGAGGCGGACUUGUCAGCCAGAGGACUCUUUCCGACAGGUCUAGAGAUCUGCGAGGGUCCUGGCGGUCCGACAACACGAGGGCCGCUUGUCAACAGCGGCCAUCGGGACGCCGCCAUUGGCCACAGAGCAGCCUACGGUCAAGCCCCGCCUCCAGACGCGGACAGGAAGAUGUCUCUGCUACUCCGAGAGCUGGACGCACUGAGGGAUGCCAACAAGAAGCUGCUGGAGCGGCUGAACCAGAAGGAGGAGGCGCUCCAGAGCAAGGAGGCGGAGCUGAUGGCCGACACCAAGCAGGCUAAAGACUGGGAAGGACCUUCAGAGUUCUUGGAACAGUUGUUGAGCGCUCGCAAGGACAGAGACGAGGCCAUGAUGUCACGAGUCCUGCUGGCCAAUCAGGAGCGAGAUGAGGCUUUACGCCAUGUGGCCCGACUGCAGCAGGCUGCGAAGUCCGACGCUAGUGACGGCCCGGCCCUCUGCGACAGUGACUUGGAAGCGGAGGAGCUCCUGGGCCGCGUUUGUCAGGCUGUCUCGGCGCAGGAAGUGGCCCAUUUGGGUCGGGCCCUGGUGGAGCACGUGCAGCUGGCCACGCAGCGCCGGCGCCACAUGGCCGCGCAGGAGAUGAAGGCCGUCAUGGAGCAGCGAGACGGCUCGCUCGCCAAGUGUCGACGGCUGCAGCAGGAAGUCUUGCGGGAGCGAGAGCAGAGGCUGAGCAAGGAAGAGCUGAUCAAACUUCAGCGGGAGCGAGACGCGGCCUUGGACGACAGGAGACGCCUGGAGGCGGAGUUAGUGCAAGCCAAUCACAGGUUCGAGCAACUCACAAAAGCUCCGCCCGCCGAUGAUGAUGAUGAUGGCCACUCCCGGGCUGCGCCCCUUCUGGCUCAGCUACAGCAGCUCACAGAGGACAAGCAUAAUGUGGAGGUGGAGCUUCUACGCUCCCAGGAGGCAGAGCGUGACGCCAGCGAGAGAGUCCACAGAUUGGAGCGUCUGGUGGAAGUUUUGAGGAAAAAAGUUGGCACAGGAAGCCUGCGCCCUGUUGUUUGAUCGCUUGGAUCGGGCCAUGUCAUCUUUUGUCGCCGUGACGACGGACGGUGAGAUUGUUCAGCGCGUCUUGUCUCAAUAAAAUGCCAUUGAAAAUGCAAAUAAUAGUUUUAUUCUUUUUGGGGGAGAGUUGCACUCCAGCUCUCCAGCCUCCCCCGCCUUACGCCCCCACCCACCCCAAUUGUGUGGUCUCCACGGAGAUGUCGGCCGUCUCGCGCUCCACUUGGGUGUCCCGCGCUGGUAAUCCCUAAUCUGCUCGUUGACAACAAAGAGCACCUUUCUUUGCUCCUACUUGUGACGCCACCUGCGCGCGCCCGCACGCGUUAAACAAGAGUAGGGCUUCAAGACUGGGUAAGGCAUCCAAAUAGGGUAAAGGCUUACGAGUUCAAAUUGGGAAAUUUGGGUUGGAAGGAAACAUGAAGGAUUUAAAAUUGGCUUCAGACCGAGCUGAGCGUUUUCAAAAAGGAUUGAGCUGGAAUGAAAAUGUCAAGCUAAAGUUACAGUUUGAAAUAGGGCUUCAUUCAAGACAGGGUUAGGGCUUCAAUGAUUUUCAAAUAAGGUUCAAAUGAAGUUGUCUUUUUUUUUUUUUUAAUUUUUUUUUUUUUAAAGGUAGGUUACAUUCAGAGGAGGUCUGCUUUGACAAUAGAUGCAUGAGCAACCACCACCACCAGCAACAACAACAUUUUUUACACUGGGUCCCAAAUAUGAGUCAGGAUUUGUUGCACUUCAAAUAAGGCUUUGAAACAUAGAUGAGCUUUCUGAAAUUGAAGCCAGAGUUGGGCUUUCAAGCAUGGCUCGGGCUUUCCGGUCAUGAGGGGUGCUGGUGAAAAUGAGGCUGUCAAGUCGGGUUUACAGCGUCAAACCGUUUUUUGGGCUUUCAGAUUAGCGCGUCACUUUGGCUUAGGCUUCCAAAUGAAGGUUUUCCAAAUGUGUUGCUGGAGGGAGGUUAAUGCUAGCGCUAAUGCUAACAAGUCACAUCGCCACGCACAAGUGGACCUAUUUUAUUGUGAAAGGAUGCAGUGGUUCUUAAUUGUGAAAGAGGCUCUUUGCUCUUUUGCGGCCGCUUCUCAAAGGCGCCAUUGUCGUCGUAUUGCACGUCAUUAAUUCGGAUCCCCAUCAAAAGCCCCACCCCCCCACUAGGCCCUCACCAGGUCCUUCAAAGUUUUGGUCCAGAAGGUGCACGCCAUGGCCUUUUCUGAAAGCGUGCUGGUGGGUCUGCCGCCCCGCCCGGACCAUAUGCUUACUUUUGGCCCCCCCCCCGUCACAUUUAUUAGUCUACACUUGUAGAUUAUCUGUCCUGCUUUUGUUGUGGAGGCCGUGGCUCAGGGAGUGGAGCGGGUUGUUCGGCAAUUGGAAGACUGUUGGUUUAGACCUGGCUCUGACUGAGUGUCAUGGACAAAACACUUCACACAUCUUGGCUCAGGGACGACAGAUGAAAAAUAGCCCUCUGGGUAAUUCUGGUACAACUACAGAAAUAUUCACUGAUUUAUACUGUCACUGUCAUAUAUACAAAAUAAAAAACAAAUCAUUAUUAAUGUUCA